CUUAUGAAAAAUAAGAGGCAGGAUAAUGUGAAUUAGCCGUGAUUAAAGUAUUAAACUAUUUAAAAAAUGAUAAAGUGAUGUAUUAAAUUUACUAGUAAAUAAACUGCCUCACGCUGUAUCAGUCAGUACAUUGCCAAAGAAGCUAGUGAUCGUUUCGGUUGGAACAUUUUUAUAUCUCACCCGGUUGUACAUUCAGGAGAGAAGUUAACAUCAUGAGUAACCAAGAAAACUUGGAAAUGGCCCACAGGCAACAUGUGAAAUAUUUCAUGCGGUUCCUAGAUAUUUUGCCUUCAUCAUUGUCUUCACAUGAUACUACAAGGGUAACAAUAGCAUAUUUCUCCGUGGCCGGGCUGGAUGUUCUGGGCUCCAUCACAUCCAUGUCUGUGGAGCUCCGGUCCCGGAUUAUAGAGUGGCUGUACCAUCUUCAAGUGCACCCUAAUAAAGAGACUGGGGACAUGUCGAUGUGCGGUUUCCAGGGGUCCUCAACCAUCAACAUGGAGCUACAUCCGGAAAACGCGCACUACCGCUGCGGGCACCUCGCCAUGACUUAUACUGCGCUGUGUACCCUGGUCACAGUUGGGGACGACCUUAGCAGAGUCAACCGGAAGGCGUUAGUAGAAGGUGUAAAGGCACUUCAGACAGACGAAGGCAACUUCGCAGCGACCCUUUCAGGUUGCGAGUCCGACAUGAGGUUCGUGUACUGCGCAGCUUGCAUCAGCUACAUACUCGACGACUGGUCUGGAUUCGACAAGGAAAAGGCGGCCGACUACAUCAUCAAGUCAAUAGGCUACGAUUACGGCAUCGCCCAGUGCCCCGAGCUGGAGUCUCACGGCGGCACCACGUACUGCGCACUCGCCACCCUAAAGCUCACCGACCAACUCCACAAACUCUCCGACCAACAUAUCGACGGCCUCAAGCGCUGGCUAGUGCUCCGCCAGACCGACGGCUUCCAAGGCCGACCCAACAAACCCGUCGACACCUGCUACAGUUUCUGGGUAGGUGCAUCGCUUAAAAUACUCAAAACUUUAAAAUACACCAACUACGGAAGCAACAGGAGCUACGUGUACGAAACGCAGGACGUUAUCGUCGGCGGUUUCUCAAAAUGGCCGGACACUUGCACGGAUCCGAUGCACACUUAUCUAGGUUUAGCCGGGCUCAGUUUAAUUGGCGAGAAGGGGCUUUUGAAGAUUGUGCCGACCCUAAAUAUCACUGAACGGGCGUUCGAGCAUUUGCAGAGUUUACACGAACAAUGGGCUAAGGAGUCAUAGUGGCAUAGUUUGUUAGGCGUGGAAUACGUGGGGUCGCGUGGAAAAUUCGAGCGGUUU